AUGGACAGCCUCCCCCUGGGAUCGAGCCAGGCAUCUUCUCCGGAGCAAAGCUGGCUCUUCACCUGGCGGUGCAUUUGCCGCAAGCCCUGGACCACCGCAGAUCUCUCCGGAGCUCGAAGGGAGGGAAUGCUGGACUGUCAGGACAGUGGGGCCAAGGGGGCCCCCGUCCACACUAAAAUCUCCUUCUCCAUCUUGGACAUCCUGGAUCCUCAGAAAUUUACCAGUAAAAACAAUCCAGCGGCAGGGAGGAGGGAGAGCAUCCCCCACGCAGGACAGCAGGAGAAAAGUUUGGCAAGAGUUGCAGCAGAAAGACAUCCCAGCCACCAGCGGAAUAAGCUACAGGCGUAUCAUGCACAAGAGCCUUUUUCCCUUGAGCCUUUUAAAAAAGAGCUGGGAGUGGGCAUCCAAACCGACCCUGCAAAAACGGCCUGUGGGUGUGUGUGUCUUGCAGAUGCAGCCUGCGAAGCGGAGCCCCCGCAGGGAUCGGAGCCGGAGGAGGAGGAGCCGCCGGGCCGAGCCGGCAGCCGCUCAGCCCCGCCGCCGGCGGCCGCCUUGGCCGCGCUGCACUCGCCCGACCUGGCCGCCUCCUCGGAUGCGGACGAGGCCGGCUCCCCGGCCGCCUGCAAGCGGCGGCGGGCCGAGGCGGGCUGCGCCAAGCCGCGGCGGGCCAGGACGGCCUUCACCUACGAGCAGCUGGUGGCCCUGGAGAGCAAGUUCCGCGCCACGCGCUACCUGUCGGUGUGCGAGCGCCUCAACCUGGCGCUGGCGCUCAGCCUGAGCGAGACGCAGGUCAAGAUCUGGUUCCAGAACCGCCGGACCAAGUGGAAGAAGCAGAACCCCGGGGCGGAGGGCGCGGGCAGCGCUCUGCCCCCUGCAGCGGGAGCGGGUGGGGGGGGGAGGCCCAGCCCGCCAGCCCCCAACCCCUUGGCCUACCAGACUUUCCCCUCCUACGCCCCUGCCAACGUCUUGUUCCCAGCAGGCGCUCCCCUCCCGCUGGCGGCCGCCUCUGCAGGGGGGGCCUUCCCUCCCUUCCUCAGCCCCACUUAUUUGGCUCCCUUUUAUACCCCUCACCUAUAA